GGUUAGAGUGAGUUGUGUUCUUCUUCCUUGCUUGGUUGCCAAAACCCUAGUCAGGUUGAAUGCCCAGCGCAUCAUUCUGAGAUGCUUCCGAAGCGAUCGGAUGGGCCGCCGGCGCCGGAGGCAUUACGGAGCAGCGGUCGGAUCAGUAGGCGCCCCAAAACUUACUCGCGAAACAUCUACUACUACUCCACCCCCAGUAACAUGAUUCGCAAACGCAGAAGGAAGGCCAAGACCAAGAACAGACCUGCCGCCGCUCGAAUCGCUAAGAUGAUGCGUUCCCAACGAUCUCCCAACCCCGCCACUCCCUCCUCCGCUAAGCUCCUCAAUACAAACUCCGCGCCGCGCCGCUCCGAAAGAAGGAGGACUUUGUCCGUAAAGAAUCCAGAUUAUGCAUCCAACAGCUCCGAUGACGACGAAGACAUGAUGAAACCCUCUACAUAUAAAUCUGUGAAGAAUCGGGGUCAUAACAGUGCGUAUCAAGAUGAGUUAUCGCCUUCCAAGCACAAAAAGAUUGUGGAGAGACCGACACCUCGGCGUGAAGGAUUGCGGCCACGUCGCUCAAAGACUGUUUCCAAUGAGGAUGUACUUUAUGGAUUUGAGGAUGAGCCGGGGAGUUCCGAGGAGAAGGUUGACCAAGAAGAAACUGAGAAUGGGCAGGAUAUUGAAUAUAACGACGCCGAUGAUGGUCAGAAUGAGGGCGAGGGUGAGGACAUGGGUGACGAUGAUGGAGAUGAGGACGGUGAUGGAGAUGGUGACGAUGAUGGUGAUGAUGAAGAGGGGGAAGAGGAACAGGAUGGGAGGAGGCGUUAUGAUCUUCGGAAUCGUGCAGAAGUACGCAGGUUCUCUAUUGAAGAAGGUAAGCGAAGACCAAGAUCUCCUCGAAGAGUAUUACACCAAGGAAUGGGGCCAAAGGUAGGCAGGGAUGUUAGAAAGGGUGGAUCACGAGUUCAUAAGCGUCAUCGAAUCACAAGGACUGAUGAUUCUGAUGACUCCCUUCUUGUGGAUGAGCUCGACCAAGGACCUGCGAUUCCUUGGGGGAAAGGUGGGAGCAGGUCAGGACCACCUUGGCUUUUUGGGGGGCUAGACAUGCAUGGAACAACAACGUGGGGGUUGAAUGUUGCCGCCUCUGGUUGGGGUCACCAGGGUGAUGCUUUUGCCACCAUGACUUCAGGAAUUCAAACUGCUGGGCCAAGCUCAAAGGGAGGGGCAGACAUACAACCGUUGCACGUUGAUGAUAGUGUCAGUUUUGAGGAUAUAGGGGGACUUUCUGAAUAUAUUGAUGCUUUGAAGGAAAUGGUUUUCUUUCCUUUACUGUAUCCAGAUUUCUUUGCGAGUUAUCAUAUCACCCCACCAAGGGGGGUUUUGUUGUGUGGCCCUCCUGGUACAGGGAAAACAUUAAUUGCCAGAGCCUUAGCCUCUGCUGCGUCCAAGGCUGGCCAGAAAGUGAGUUUUUAUAUGAGGAAGGGUGCCGAUGUGCUGAGCAAGUGGGUUGGUGAGGCUGAAAGGCAAUUGAAACUUCUUUUUGAGGAAGCACAAAGAAAUCAACCUUCAAUCAUAUUCUUUGAUGAAAUAGAUGGACUGGCUCCUGUAAGAUCCAGCAAACAAGAGCAAAUUCACAAUUCCAUUGUGUCUACUUUGCUUGCUCUGAUGGAUGGUCUUGAUUCCCGUGGACAAGUGGUUUUGAUCGGAGCAACCAAUCGAAUUGAUGCCAUUGAUGGAGCUUUGCGGCGCCCUGGUAGGUUUGAUCGUGAAUUCAACUUUCCUUUGCCCGGCUGUGAGGCCCGAGCUGAAAUUUUAGACAUCCACAGUCGGAAAUGGAAGCAUCCUCCUUCACAUGAGUUAAAAUCCGAGCUUGCAGCUAGCUGUGUUGGGUAUUGUGGUGCUGAUUUAAAGGCUCUAUGCACUGAAGCUGCCAUACGUGCUUUUCGUGAAAAAUAUCCUCAGGUCUACACAAGUGAUGAUAAAUUUGUAAUUGAUGUUGAUUCAGUAAGGGUUGAAAAGUACCACUUCAUUGAGGCCAUGUCAACAAUCACCCCAGCUGCUCACAGAGGUGCUGUUGUUCACUCUAGGCCAUUGUCUUCAGUUGUUGCACCAUGCCUGCAGAGGCAUCUCCAAAGAGCCAUGAACUAUAUUUGUGAUAUUUUCCCUCCGAUUGGGGUGUCACCAGAAUUGUCCAAACUUUCCUUGCUCUCAUGUGGCUCUGCUAUUCCUCUUGUUUAUAGGCCUCGGCUUCUUCUUUGUGGUGGUGAAGGUUCAGGCUUGGAUCAUCUUGGGCCUGCCAUUUUACAUGAACUGGAGAAGUUUCCUGUUCACUCCCUCGGGCUUCCAUCUCUUUUAUCUGAUCCUAGUGCAAAGACACCAGAGGAAGCACUAGUACAUAUAUUUGGUGAAGCAAGGAGAACUACGCCAUCAAUUCUUUACUUGCCACAUUUCAAUCUGUGGUGGGAAACUGCACAUGAGCAGCUCCGCGCAGUUUUGCUGACUUUGUUGGAAGAUUUCCCAUCUGAUUUACCUAUAUUACUACUUUCAACUUCAUCAGCUCCACCUUCUGAAGUUGAUGCCAUGACCUCCUCAAUAUUUUCCGAACGAUCUGUCUAUCAGGUGAGUAUGCCAGCUACUGAAGACAGAUCUUUGUUUUUUGACCGUCUGAUUGAAGCUGCAUUGUCAAUCAUGUUUGAGGGCACACCUAAAAGUUCAUCGGAAUCGGUGUCUGUUCCUGAACUUCCAAAGGCUCCAAAAGUACAAAGUGCUCCAAAACUGUCAGAGUUAAAAGCAAAGGUAGAAGCUGAGCAGCAUGCUCUUCGCCGAUUGCGUAUGUGCCUCAGAGAUGUUUGCAAUCGAGUUCUAUAUGAUAAGAGGUUUAGUGCUUUUCACUAUCCUGUUUUGGAUGAGGAUGCUCCGAACUAUCGGUCAAUUAUCCAAAAUCCUAUGGAUGUUGCGACUCUGCUGCAGCGUGUUGACUCUGGAUUGUAUAUUACUUGUUCAGCUUUCCUGCAAGAUGUCAAUCUUAUAGUUUCCAAUGCAAAGGCUUAUAAUGGAGAUGAUUACAAUGGUGCAAGGAUUGUUAGUAGAGGGUAUGAGCUUCGAGAUGCCGUACAAGGAAUGCUGUCACAAAUGGACCCUGCUCUGGUUGCAUAUUGUGACAAGAUUUCUGCCCAGGGUGGUCCAGAACAUAUACCAGAAGAUCUAGGUGUAGCUACUUUUGCAUCAAUACCUGUUGUACAGCUGGGAACUGUCACUAGGGUGAGUGCUCGACUUCGUAAUGUCCAACCUGAGGUAAAUGUGGAUCAUAGCUACGAGGCACACAAACGGCCGAAAAAGAAUAUCGAUGGCCCUCCUACAGCUUCAACAGCAGAAGACAAGUCACAGCAUGAGGGUUCAGUCCCAUCCACGUCAUCCCAGGAAGCGGAGAAAAAUAACACAGAUCUUGGAAUUUCAGAAACCUCUUGUGUUGAUCUCAAUCAGCAUGAACAGCAUGAGACUGCCAAAGUGGUAGAAGUUUCUGGCCGUGCUGGUGAGAGUGGCUCUGUAGACGUCCAGAUGUUAGAUGGUGAAAUUACAAACCAAAUGGAAUCUAUCAAGCUGCUUUUCGUGGAGCAGACCAAAGCUUAUGACAUUCCACAGCUUGAGAGGCUUUACACCAGAAUUAUGAAGGGCAUUUUUGACAUCAAAGACAAGAGUGAUAUAGAUGGCACCAAGCAAUUAAUUUUGAAGUAUUUGUUGAAAUUUGCAGAGGAUGAAGCAAAUUUUUGAUUCGUAGAGAAACAAAAUCUUUAUUCAGAUGUUUAUGCAAAAUUCCGAUAGUUUAUAUCAGAGAGUGAUAGGAGCACUUUGUGCGACGUUUU